GAGCCACCUCUCUCUCUCUCUCUCUCUCUCUCUCUCUCUCUCUCGUUACAAUACAGCCAAGUGAUCAAAUUAGGGUUUUCAAAAUCUUCAACAAUCUCUUCUUCGUCGUCAUCAUCUUCUUCUAGAGAGAGAAAGUGUUUUAGAGAGAGAAAGUAUGAGGGAUACGAGCUUGGAUCUUUUCGAUCCGAGGACGGUGAUGGACUCCGACUACUCCCCCAACGGCGGUCGCGACGGCGAUUUUGGCUUUGCUUUCAACGAUAGUAACUUCUCCGACAGAGUGCUCCGAAUCGAGAUCAUGGCCGAUUCGCCGGAGACUGGGUCGGACGGCGAGGGAUGUCACGGUCUUGCCGAUUGGGCUAGGUAUCGGAAGCGCAGAAGAGAAGAUGUCAAGAAAGAUAACGCUGUGGAUACUGUUGGAUGCCCUGAGGAGCAGAUUUUGAGUUGUAACCAGCCUGAUACCGAUGAUGGUGUGGGCUGUGAAAAUCAAGAUGAGGAAGCAGUUGCAAUGAUUGAAGAAUCACCAUCAGGAGAUGAUGAAGCUGGAAAUAGUAAUGAUUCAAACUGGAGCAUGGAUUGUUCUACAGUUUUGAGAGUGAAAACUUUGCACAUCAGUUCUCCAAUUUUGGCAGCAAAAAGUCCAUUUUUCUAUAAGCUCUUCUCAAAUGGGAUGAGGGAGUCAGAGCAGCGACAUGUAGCACUACGAAUCAAUGCUUCUGAGGAAGCUGCCCUCAUGGAGCUCCUAAAUUUUAUGUAUAGCAAUACCUUAUCUACAACUAGUGCUCCUGCUUUGCUGGAUGUGCUGAUGGCAGCAGACAAGUUUGAGGUUGCUUCAUGCAUGAGGUAUUGCAGCCGACUAUUGCGCAAUUUGCCCAUGACACCCGAGUCUGCGCUGCUAUAUCUGCCCCGUAAGCUAAAGAAGGUUUUAACAUGCAAUGACUUUGAUCACGACCUUGCAUCCAAGGUUGUGCUAGAGGCUCUAUUUUUCAAAGCCGAGGCCCCGCACCGACAGAGAACCCUUGCUGCAGAAGAGUCCGCCACCAUAAACCGACGCUUCAUUGAACGAGCCUACAAAUAUCGGCCAGUAAAGGUGGUCGAGUUUGAACUCCCGCGACAGCAAUGUGUGGUUUACCUGGAUCUGAAGCGAGAGGAGUGUGCAAAUUUGUUCCCAUCCGGGCGAGUGUAUUCCCAAGCGUUCCACCUAGGUGGACAAGGUUUCUUCUUAUCAGCACACUGCAACAUGGACCAACAGAGCUCGUUCCACUGUUUCGGGCUGUUUCUCGGAAUGCAGGAAAAAGGGUCUGUCACUUUUGCGGUCGACUACGAGUUUGCAGCACGGUCAAAGCUAACAGAGGAGUACAUUAGCAAAUACAAAGGCAAUUACACUUUUACAGGCGGCAAAGCUGUUGGGUACCGCAACUUAUUUGCCAUACAAUGGACUUCAUUCAUGGCCGAGGAUAGUCUUUAUUUCCUCAAUGGCAUACUCCAUCUCAGGGCCGAGCUUACUAUCAGGCACUGAUAAACUCAGACUAUUUUGACUUUGCUUCUCAGGUAGGCUAACCUUCGCAGUAAAGGUAAGGAGUUAUGUUUCAAGUUAAGAUGUCAUUUGUUGGUCUUGAGUCCACAGGCCAAAUCAUGCUCUAGGAGACGGUAAAAAAUGUACAUGUGUUGCUUGUUGGAGAGAGAGGAAGAAUUUCCCUUCCCAUCUCGUUAGACUUCUUUAAAAAAAUGCAAAUACAGAGGAUGUUGUUGAUU